AUGGAAAAAGAUUACAAGUACUUAAUUGGUAAAAUUCUUCGAGAAAAUGCUGACAGUGAUAGAUAUACUAAAAAUAUUCCAAAGGACAUGAUCGUCUAUGAGACGGAAUUACCUUCGAAACAUCGUAUAAUCAAACCAGGAUACAUGUAUACUUGUGAUUUUGACCAAGACAGAUUGCAAGUACGUGUUAACGCAAAUAAUGUCAUUGAAAGUGUUCAAUAUGGCUGA